AAGAUAACAUCAUCUAUGUUUUUUAUUUUCUUAAACACUCAACCUAGUUAAUUAGAAAUCAUUCAUGGGAGCUCCCGAGUCAGGAGAAAAACAACAAAAGCAACAACUCGAUCGUGAGAUUCGAGACAUGAUGAAUGCACUCACACGUCGCCUUGCUCAUCUCCAUAAGAAACCCAAUGAGAGAGAAGGUGCAAGCAACAUCCAUGAUCAUGACAAAGAGGAGGAGGAUGCCAAUGGUGGUUUUGGGAUCAUAACGAUGGCUGGAAGCAACGAGGGAGCUACUAUGAGAGGAGAGCUUGACUUGAUGAGUAUGGAGAAUCAUAAAUUAGGUACAACACAACAUAAUGAUGAGUCUUUUACCCCAUUGACAACCUACCUUAAUGGCAACUUCCAAGGUGUCAACAAUUCUAUCAUGGUUGGUGGUAGUUACUCUACCAAUGAUCCUGGUAUCCAUUUGGAUGUUGAUGAACAUUACAUGCAACAUAAGGGGGAGCUUGGUGGUAGUUACUCUACCAAUGAUCCUGGUAUCCAUUUGGAUGUUGAUGAACAUUACAUGCAACAUAAGGGGGAGCUUGGUUCACAAAAGUAUGGAAAGUGGAUCCCCUAAAAGUGAACAUUCUAACUAAUCAUUAUCUAAACUUCACACACAUAUACACGAGGAUAAUGUUUCUUGAGUGAUUUUUUAAUCUAUAUAUUGAAUUCCAGCCGAAAGAUGUUAUACAUAAUGUUUCAUCAUUUUAUUCGAUUAAUAAUCUUUCUUUUUAUGAUUGUAUGUAAUUGCAUUAGUAUCUUAAUAAAAUAGUUAUUAUCUACAAUAA